AUGGAUCUUGGAUUAAAGGAUGUGCAUAUCCUGGUCACCGGUGCCAGUGGUGGAAUAGGCCUCCAGACCGUUCGCACAUAUGCUGAACAUGGAGCCAAAGUUACAGCGCAUUACAAUACCAACAUUUCCCCACUUCAUGACUUGGUUGAAGCUUUCGGAUCCGCCAGCGUGCGUGCCAUCCAAGCAGACCUUACGAACGAGAGCAGUGUAUUCCACAUGUUCUCCCAGCAUGAGGGCCAGCCCGAUUUCGGACCCGUUCAGAUCGUCGUCAUAAAUCAUGGCAUCUGGCCCACCGCUGAUGAACCCAUCGCCGUGAUGUCUUUGGAUCGAUGGAAUCAUAUAAUCAGUACCAAUCUGACGUCGUCAUUUUUGGUGGCCAGAGAGUACCUGAAGCAGUUGUCUCUGGCUCCCGAAGAGCUCAGGGCGAAGGCGAACAUAGUGUUUAUCGGGAGCACUGCGGGGAAGUACGGCGAGGCUGGCCAUGCCGAUUAUGCUGCUACGAAAAGCGCUAUGAUGUACGGCCUGACUUUGUCACUCAAGAACGAGAUCGUGAAGAUCGCACCGAAAGGAAGGGUAAAUUGUAUAGCCCCUGGUUGGGUAAAGACGCCUAUGGCCGAAGAAACCCUUCGAGAUACGGCUUUUGUCCAACGUGCACUCGCUACAACGCCUUUGAAGAAAGUAGCCGAAGCGAGAGAUAUCGCCAAUCAAAUCGCGCUCAUCUCGUCACCUACUCUCUCAGGUCAUGUCUCCGGCCAGGUCCUCAUGGUGGACGGUGGGAUGGAAGGCAGAUUACUCAAUGUACCAUCAGACUUCUAG